CCUAGCCAAGUCACAUCCAGACGGCCGCAGCGGACUGCGACUACAGCGACAUCCAAGAUGCUGGCUCUCAUAAACAGGCUUUUGGACUGGUUCAGGUCCCUCUUUUGGAAAGAGGAGAUGGAGCUUACGUUAGUGGGACUCCAGUACUCCGGGAAAACCACAUUCGUCAAUGUGAUAGCAUCAGGCCAGUUCAGUGAAGACAUGAUUCCCACAGUCGGUUUCAACAUGCGGAAGGUCACUAAAGGCAAUGUGACAAUAAAGAUAUGGGACAUAGGUGGACAGCCCCGCUUCAGAAGCAUGUGGGAGCGCUACUGUAGAGGAGUCAAUGCUAUUGUUUACAUGGUGGAUGCAGCAGACAGAGAGAAGAUAGAAGCUUCCAGAAAUGAACUGCACAACCUUUUAGACAAACCACAGCUACAAGGAAUUCCUGUUUUAGUACUGGGCAACAAACGAGACCUACCCAACGCACUUGAUGAGAAGCAACUCAUUGAAAAAAUGAAUCUAUCUGCCAUUCAGGACCGAGAGAUCUGCUGCUACUCUGUCUCCUGCAAAGAGAAAGAUAAUAUAGACAUCACGCUGCAGUGGCUCAUCCAGCAUUCAAAGUCACGGAGAAGCUGAAAGUGGAACCUCACCAGUCGCAGCUCCGGCCUCAGCCCCCUAAUGGUCAUGGGUCCUUGACAGCCAUCCCUUCCACUGCCUCUGUGAAGUAAUCCAGCUCUCUCUGCUCACUACCGUCACCACCUGCACCACCCGGUACACUACCAUAUAUGUGUAGCCCCUGUACAGCACUACCGCCACCCCGACUAUGUGGAGUCUUGAAAGGUUGUUUCAGUACAGUGCUAGAAGGUGGAUUGUCCAUACCCAUCAUGCCUUAUCGCCCGUCAUUACGGACUUGCUCUGUGUCUGUGUACAUCAUGAAGGGUUUUUUUUUGUUUGUUUGUUUUUUUAUUAGCUUCUGUUCCUUUCGUCACAAGAAUCUAAUGAUGUUGCAGUGUACUAUUCCCUGGCUGCACUACGAUGGAGCUCCUCUAAUCCCACAUUCAAACAUCCGUUCUGUUGCCUGUCAACAUCUGAUGUUUACGUCACAAGGUUGUGAUUGUAGUUUUAAUAGUUAUUUGCCAAACAAUGGUAGUUGCUUGAGCUAAUGCCUUCAAUUUCUGAUGAAUUCUUAGCAAUGUAGCCUGCAUUUUAUUUGCUGACAUAUGAAAGUAUCUAUUUUAUUAAGUGACUUCAACUAAAGUUUACACAUAAACUAAAGAUGAAUAGAAAGUAAGACUGAGUGGUUGUUGUGUCUGAGGCAAAAUCCUAAGAUAGGUCAGCAGACUUUUAAGUGCCUUCGGCGAAGUGAGUGUUCCAAUCAGACAGUUAUUGCCCAAUGCAACUUCUAACCCACUAUUCUAAAUAAACACUUGGUUCAGACGCAACAUAAAUCCCUUGAUUACACUUAACACCACCCCUCGACAUUCUCCUUUUAUGUUUUGUAAUCACAUAAACACAUUAUGAUGUCUGAGAAAAGACAGUGCUGUAAUAACGAUGACAAAACGAGGAAUGAAGUAAUGGUUGAUGAGAAGUGAAUGAGACAAUAUAUUUUUGGUUGAUGGGUAAUUUGAAUGCUGUUUCACUUGUAGCCUGUGACUCUUAUGUAGCUUGAAAGGUGGGCUAACCUUUGCUUGCAGUUCUCAGGAGGUUGUAGGAUUAAAAAUAAAAAAGGGUGAACCCAGUAUGGGAGUGCCCAAGUAUCUGUUUCAUAAUAAUCCCUAUUUUUUUCAGGUUGGAUAACAGAAAGGCAGUGUUAGUCAUGAUGACUGAGCUUAUGGAGAACAGAAGACAGUCCAUUAGUUCAAAGCAUUGGAUGCUUGAUGUCAUCCAUACCAUGCCACACCCUCAACAAGCCUUAGCAGUCCAAGCUGUCUCCUCUAAAAGUGAUGUAUUGAUUGACAUUUUUCCUUUCAGCGACAAGACAAUGAUUUCUCAUAGAUUUGACCACUGUAUAUUAAUCUACCCCUUGCUUGGCCAGUGCAUCUUGAUCUGAAGCUUUUUUCUAUGCGUGUGCUACUGGAUCAGGAUGAGUUAUCUGCUACAAAACUUUAUGUGGGCCUACGUGGCUUCCGCAUUUCACUGUAAUGUCUCCAAACCCAUCACACGCUCUGUUUUCUCAUAUGUUGUUCUGUGUCUGUUGGUGAUCGUCGUAAUCCUAAAUGUCGAUUGUUGGGACCACAGCAGCAGUGAGGGGCUGUAAAAUUUGGGUGACUGUGUGGGUAAUUUGGGCAAAGCUUUGUUACCUGUGUAAUAAUAUAGCCUAUUUGCAAUUUGUAUGUGCAUGUGCUGUACUUAUUCACAUUCAAUUGCAGACUUUGUAAAUAAGAAGUUAGCAUUUUUAUUCCCACAAAUGCUCCUGUACAUGUCAUGCAUUCUUUCCCUGUGAUUGCUAAUAAAUUUGUUUUUAUUUUUAAGGA